CAGCUGGAUGCUGGAGAGAGGCACGAAGGGCGCAUUGGCAUUCCGCAGCUGGCAAUAACAUGACACUCAGUCGGUAAGACGAGGGACGCCGAUCGGCUGACGCCGGCAUGAAUGUGAUCGGGGUCUCCUUCCUGGACCCGCUGGAUGACUACGAACUGGUUCACCGGAUCGGGAACGGCACCUACGGGGAUGUCUUUAAGGCUCGGAACAUCAAGACAUCAGAGAUGUCUGCAAUCAAAAUAGUAAAACUGGAUCCUGGAGAUGACAUCACCUCCAUCCAACAGGAGAUAACCAUGAUGAAGGAAUGCAAGCACAAAAACAUCGUAGCUUAUUUCGGCAGCUACCACAGGAACACAAAACUCUGGAUAUGUAUGGAGUACUGUGGAGGGGGGUCACUGCAGGACAUUUACCAAGUGACUGGGCCGCUGAAGGAGAAGCAGAUUGCCUACAUCUGCAGGGAAACGCUCCAGGGCCUGCAUUACCUGCAUGAGACUGGGAAAAUGCACAGAGACAUUAAGGGAGCUAACAUCCUUCUGACAGAGCGAGGGGACGUCAAACUUGCGGAUUUUGGUGUUGCUGCUGAGAUCAGCGCCUCUGUGGCAAAAAGGAAGUCCUUCAUCGGGACACCCUACUGGAUGGCGCCUGAGGUGGCUGCUGUGGAGAAGAAGGGCGGAUACAACCACCUGUGUGACAUCUGGGCGGUGGGCAUCACGGCCAUUGAGCUGGCAGAGCUGCAGCCGCCCAUGUUCGACCUGCACCCUAUGAGGGCCCUGAUGUUGAUGUCAAAGAGCAACUUUCAGCCACCGAAACUCAAAGACAGGACUAAAUGGACAGCAGGGUUUCAUAGCUUUGUGAAGAUGUCACUGAACAAAAAUCCCCGCAAGAGACCCACAGCAGAGAGGCUUCUGGAGCACCCAUUCAUGACCCAGCUCCUGACUCGAACUCUGGCCCUUGAACUGUUAGACAUGGUCGCCAACCCAGAGCUGCAUGCCCCACCAGCCCAGGACGAGAAUGACGGGGAUGUGAGUAUGGAUAUGUGCGACUCCUCCCCUGAUAGGAUCAAGUCUGCAGGGAAACACCCAGUAGUGGAGAGGAGCCUCUCCGAGGAACAAUUUGACCAGGUGAAGUUUGGUCCCCCCAGGAGGAAAGUGACCGACCCUUGUCCUGACUUGAGCUCUUAUGACGAAGACUGGAACGUCUCAGAAGAUGAGGAUGACUCCCCGAGUCUGUUGGAGUGUGUUGAAGAAGCUUUGCUGAAGAGGAGUUUAACUGUGAAAAGGGCGCCCUCUGCUGAGCGUUGUUCUGGCGAGGAUGAGAGCAGACGCGGCGAAUCUAAGUGGUGCCAGCUGGCCAGCCCCCCCCUGGUGUCCAGCACCUCCUCCCUGCCGGCCUUCAGCUCUGUCUGCUGCAACCAGGAGGAGAAAGACCUCACGCUCCGCCCAAGUGCUACCCUACACUCAGACUGCACCCUGCUCCCCAACUCCGCCCCAGUUUUAUCCAGGUGCUCUGGCACCCAGGAUAUCAGUCUGUGGUGCAGUGACUCCUGUGCCCCUGAAGGGGGCGUCAUACAGGAGGAACCGAAGCCAGGGACAGUGGCUUCCCUGCUCCGGGACACUCCUCUUUCCCCUGAGUGGAGCACCCUGCGAAGAAAGACUGAGGAAUCUAGGGCUGAUUGUCAUGGAUUACCGCCCACUCCCCAAGUCCAUAUGGGUGCCUGUUUCUCAAAGGUCUUCAAUGGCUGUCCCCUCAAGCUUUACUGUGCUGUCACUUGGGUUUUCCCAAGGACUAGAGAUCAGUACCUCAUCCUUGGGGCAGAGGAAGGGGUCUAUACCCUGAACCUGAACGAGCUCCACGAGGAUACGAUGGAGAAGUUACUCCCACACCGAUGCACCUGGCUGUACGUCAUGAACAACAUCCUGAUGUCUGUCUCAGGGAAAUCGUGCCAGCUGUACUCCCACAGCCUGACGGUCCUGUUUGAGCAGAGGAGACAACUUCAGAAGAGGCAGGGCCACCUGUCGCUGAGCACCAACCGCCUGACAGAGAGGAUCAUUCCCAGGAAAUUCGCUAUUUCUGUGAAGAUACCAGACACCAAAGGUUGUCGUAGGUGCAAUGUUGUGAGAAACCCAUACACUGACAGCACGUUCCUCUGCGGGGCGGUGCCGUCUGGUGUGGUGCUGCUCCUGUGGUAUGACCCCCUACAGAAGUUUCUGCAGUUUAAGCACAUAGCUGUGGCCCUUCCUGAGUCCCUGCCCAUCUUUGAGCUGCUGGUCCUGGAGUCUGACGAGCUGCCACAGUUGUGUGUGGGGGUGAGGUGUGUCAAGCCUGAGCUCCAGGUCUCAUCAGCCAACCAGCAGCUGAGUUUUGACAUCAUAAAUCUGAACAGCACAACGUACACAGAGCAAGAUGGUGAGCCUCUCAGGGUGGUACAGCUGACGCAGCUGGACAGAGACACAGUGCUCAUUGCGUUCCAAGAGACAGUGCGGGUGGUGAACCUGCAGGGUUUCCCGUGUCGAGAGCUGGUCUCAGAGCUGACGUUCGGGUUUGUCAUCGACACAUUGGCUUGUUUACAGGACAGUGUGCUGGCCUUUUGGAAACAUGGUCUGCAAGGACGCUGUUUGCAAACUAGUGAGGUAACACAGGAAAUCACAGACGAAAGCCGCGUGUUUCGGGUACUGGGGACUAACAGGCCUGCAACACAUUCCAAAAAAAGUUGGGAUGGGGGCAAUUUAGGGGUAGUAAUGAGAGACAUCGUCUUGCAGAGUACCCCAACGGGAGUUCCGUCUGUCACUAGCAAUCUUUACAUGCUGACCGGCCACGAGAGCAGCUACUGAGGGAAGAAACAGAGAGGAGGGAGAAAGUGGAGAGAGGCAGCCAGCUGCCAAGGAACCAAAGCAAGAGGGCGCAAGGUGUCCACUUCACAGGACAGGGCCUUGUCCUCCUGGUCAAGGUGAAACUCUGUUUUGAUCUGGGUCAGAAAUCAGGACAGUCUAGUAUGAAGUACAAUAACCACAACCUAAAAAAACCCCAAACUUGAAUGGUGUCAACAGACAAUAAACAUAGAAACAUUCAUUAUAUAUACUUAUAUAACUGAUGGACCUGGACCAUACCACCAGCACAUUCACAAACAAAGGAGAGCUGAAUGCAAAAAGUUAAAUUUGACAAAGGUUACUAUAGAUACCCCUGAAUCCCUCUUAGUUUCUUCCCAUUAACUAAUCUGCCUUAGGGCUAUCUGGAAUGUGAAGCGGAUUGUUGCAUUUGCUGUAAGAGCUGGGUUAUCUCUACCAAGACAUACUGUGCCUUCUACUUGCACAAGGUAUUGACAGAAUGAGUAUAUGCUGUUACUGUUCUUUUUAUUGAAAAGUAAUGAUUACAAAAUCCAUUUUGACAGAAAUACUGAUGUGUGUGUGUGUGUGUAUAUAUGGUAAUGUAAAAGAGAUACAAAUGAAUGCAAUACACUGUAACAAAUAUUGAAAAAACGUGUUGUAAAAUAUUUAUUCAUGAAAACUCAUGAAUCAUGUACAAUAUAUUGACAUAUAUUAACAAUACUGGUCUUGUGCUUUUGACUGUGAAAAGUCUUGUGAAAAGACCAGUAUUUCUCAACCUUUUUCCAAGGACCCCCCCAUGUCCAAGGAAAUGUGUUUGGGCCCCCCUGCACAGGUUAUGAUAUUGUUUCUUUGUUUGCAUUCAGCAAUGAUGAUUGUGAAUCUUUAUUAAUAUAAACAUAUUUUGAUUUGGU